GGCGCGGCCCCGCUCCGUUCGGCGCAGCCCCGCUCCGUUCGGCGCAGCCCGGCCCCGCCGCCUCCCGCCCGCCCCGCCCCGCUCCCGGCACCCACCGUGAGGGCGGGCGGGCCCGGCGAUGGCGCGGAGCUGGCGGCGCAGGAAAUAAAGGGCUUCUGAUGCGGGGAGCACGAUGAAAUUCGGCUGCCUUUCCUUCCGACAGCCCUACGCAGGGUUGCUUCUAAACCAGGUCAAGACAGUGGAGACUCGCUGGCGUCCUUUGCUAGCAGGCUACAAGAACUGCACCAUCGCUAUUCAUAUAGCUGUUAAGGACUGGGAGGAUGAAUCAUGGAGAGAAAUUCUUCUGAGCAGGCUCGGCAUGACACCGAAACAACUGCAAGAUUUGUUGGAUGAAGGGGAAAAAUUUGGCAGAGGAGUUAUUGCAGGAUUAAUUGACGUUGGAGAGACAUCACUAUAUCCAGAAAACCUGCCUCCCGAAGAGAUCCUGGAGCUGGAAAACAAAGCUGUCCUCAGUAACCUGGAACAGAAAUACCUGACUGUUGUUUCAAAUCCCAGAUGGCUCCUGGAACCAAUUCCUGCCAGGGGGAGAACUGGGGUGUGGCAGGUGGACAUCCCUGAAGAACUGAUCCCUUCAGAACUAUAGGUGUUGCCCCUUGCUAUUAUUUUUCCUGCCUAAAUGCAGAUUCCUGUUUAAGAUACUGACUUGUGAAUUACAUCAGCAUCUUGUUUAGGAUUCUAUUCCAAAACUAUUUGAAGAACUGCUUUUUUGAGGCAAAACUAACAAGAUGUGUCUUUAUGACUAUUACAAAAAAUUAUUAAUGUUUUUCUAGAAUUUUCCUGUAUAAACAACUUAAGUAAAUGCCAUUUUUAAAAUGUAUAGUUAUGGAGUGUGUGCCAAUACAAAUGUAUAUUAAAAUGA